AUGGGGUCGCAGGUGGUCGCAGGAGUCGGCGUGUUGGGAAUCGAUGCAGUGAAGUUCAACAUACUGCGGCAGCUGCCGGGGAGCCUCCGCUCCGCUGACUCCCCCGAUGCACGUCAACGCCCGCUCCACUCAUCCCGCUCACACUUCCGCUUCCACGCCCACCGUCGACCCCCCGUCGACGAGAUACCCAACAAGACAGCGUCUGAUUCAUCCACGCCGACUAUGCAAUCGCCAUCCGACGACAUGAAGGCCCAGCCUCGGCCUUCGUCCGACGUCCCAGCAUAUCCACCCUCGUCAGACGUUCCACACGACACCAAGGCUCCCAUCCCCCCCGAUACCGUACCCUCUCCCUCCCCCU